GACACUAAAUCCGCUAGAUUACUAACCCUAACCCUCCUCAGCAAAGGAAAGAUGACUGUUUUGCCGUUUUAGCGAAUACUUAUGUACGGACCAACUGUGCCAGUUUUAACCCUCAAGGAAACUAAUUAUUCUGUGGAAUACAACUACUUAGAAGGACGCCUCAUCUUUUUUUCUUUGGGUUGAGAAAGAACCCCACAGGGUUUUCGGGCCAGUAGGUCGUCAGGAGUUGGAACAACGAAGAGCGUCUCGUAGUACUUUGCAUUGAAAUGAAGUGUUGUUUAUGCGGGUUUCAGAUGCUAGGACAAGUCUAGUUUAACCUUUGGUAAUUAUUUUGGGGGUUAGCAAUGACCCAUGAUGUGCCAAAGAGCUGUUAUCUGGACUGGUCAAAACAGUGUCAAAGGCUAAGCUAGGUUUUGGUCCCAACUAUUAUGAAAGCUACAAGCGGACAUUUGUAACUAACGUUAAUGGGGCACUUAUGUUACUCCAAAGACUUGUGCUAAAGUAAACUGUUCACGGAAUCCGACAAUACUUUGGCGUCUUAAAAUUGAAUUCCUUUGUCAACUUUUUCAUUGAAAGACACAGGAUUCACUAUGUCUUUUUUUAAUUUCCGUAAAAUAUUUAAACUGGGAGCUGAGAAGAAGAAGAAGCAGUACGAACACGUCCGCAGAGAUGAAAAUCCAGAGGAAAUAUGGGACAUAAUCGGUGAAUUGGGAGAUGGAGCCUUUGGGAAAGUGUUCAAGGCUCAAAACAAACAGACGGGCAUCCUCGCUGCAGCCAAAGUUAUUGACACAAAGACUGAGGAGGAGUUGGAGGACUACAUGGUGGAGAUUGACAUCCUGGCCUCCUGCGACCACCAAAACAUUGUGAAGCUGCUUGACGCUUUCUAUUAUGAGAGCAAACUCUGGAUCCUCAUUGAGUUCUGUGCAGGAGGGGCUGUGGAUGCGGUCAUGCUAGAACUGGAGAGACCCCUGACAGAGCCUCAGAUCAGGGUGGUGUGUAAGCAGACUCUGCAGGCCCUCGUCUACCUCCACGACAACAACAUCAUCCACAGAGACCUGAAGGCUGGCAACAUCCUCCUCAUGCUGAACGGUGACGUCAAGCUGGCUGACUUUGGUGUGUCUGCCAAAAACACCAAAACGCUGCAGAGGAGAGACUCUUUCAUCGGAACUCCCUACUGGAUGGCUCCAGAAGUGGUGAUGUGCGAGACGUCCAAGGACCGUCCAUACGACUACAAGGCUGAUAUCUGGUCCCUCGGGGUCACCUUGAUUGAGCUGGCACAGAUUGAGCCGCCCAAUCACGAGAUGAACCCCAUGAGAGUCCUGCUGAAAAUAGCCAAGUCGGAUCCUCCUACCCUAAUGCAGCCGUCACGCUGGUCCCCAGAAUUUAGUGAUUUCUUAAAGCGGUGCCUGGACAAGCAUGUGGACAACAGAUGGACUGCUGCACAACUGCUACAGCAUUCAUUUGCGUCCAGUGUGCUAGACAACAAGCCUCUGAGGGAGCUCAUAGCUGAGGCAAAGGCUGAGGUCACCGAGGAGAUCGAGGAGCACAAAGAGGAGGAAGAGGAGGAAGAGACAGAAGCACAUCUGGGCCACAAACGUGCCGCCUCUGAUGUCAGCGUUGCCAGCUCAGAGGAUGAGAAGAUCCCCCUCUCUCCCUCCAUCUUGGAAUCAGUCCCUGAGAAGGUUGAGCCAAUUCUGCCUGUGCCAACACCCACUGAGCUCCCUGUGGCCAACCAUGUGCUGGACACUAGCUCUGUGGAGGAGGCCACUGCCCCUGCAGCUGAGGAGCGCCCAGAGGAGAUUUCGAACACUCCAGUUGAGGAUGGAGAGGUAGAACAGAAACCAGUGGAGGAAAAGCUUCCAGAAGCAGCAGUAGAUGUUGCCUCCCCAGAACCGGAGGCUGAACCAGAACCACAACCACAACCACAACCAGAGGCCAAACCAGAACCGCCUGCUAAGGAAAUGCAGCAGCUGGAGAUUGCCGUUGACGAUGAAAAGGAAGUGGACACAGCCGAGGUUCCAGCCAACACACAGGCAAGCACAGAGAGUCCAGUCACUGAGGCUCCUCAGGAAGAAAAGAUGGCCGUUGUGGAGGAAUCAAACACACCAGCAGAAGAGGAGGACCAAUACAAACAUCUAAAGGUGAUACUGACACUACCAGAGCAAGAUAAAGUUGUUCCAAAAGAGGAGAAUGAAGAGAAACCCACAGAAAAGGAUAAAAACAAUGCAGACGAUGAGAAGUCAGUUCCAGACAAAGCUAAGGAUGACAAAGAGAGAGACUCAGACUCAGGGACUGGCUCAGCCGCAGAUAACAGCAGUGUAGACCUGAAUCUGUCCAUCUCGAGCUUCCUGUCUAAAACAAAAGAGCGAGGAUCUGUUUCCAUACAGGACACCAGACGCCAGAAGAAGACGCUGAAAAAGACUCGCAAAUUCAUUGUGGAUGGAGUGGAAGUUAGUGUGACUACAUCAAAGAUCAUCACUGACAAUGAUACCAAGAACGAGGAGAUGAGAUUCCUGAGACGCCAGGAGCUGAGGGAGCUGCGUCUCCUGCAGAAGGAGGAGCAGAGGUCCCAACAGCAGCUCAGCAACAAGCUGCAACAGCAAAAAGAACAGAUCUACCGGCGCUUUGAGCAGGAGACUACAAGUAAGAAGCGUCAGUACGACCAGGAGGUGGAGAACCUGGAGCGGCAGCAGAAGCAGACCAUCGAGAGGCUGGAGCAAGAGCACACCAACCGGCUCCGGGACGAGGCCAAACGCAUCAAAGCCGAGCAGGACAAAGAACUCUCCAAGUACCAGAACAUGCUGAAAAACCGCAAGAAAGAGGAACAAGAGUUUCUGCAGAAGCAGCAGCAGGAUCUAGACAGCGAUCUGAAGAAGAUUAUCCAGCAACACAAACACGAGCUCGCCACUAUCGAGAGAGACUGCCUCAACCACAAGCAGCAGCUUCUCCGAGCACGGGAGGCUGCCAUGUGGGAGCUGGAAGAGCGCCAUCUGCAGGAGAAACACCAGCUGUUCAAACAGCAGCUCAAAGACCAGUACUUCAUGCAGAGACACCAGCUGCUCAAGAGACACGAGAAGGAGAUGGAGCAGAUGCAGCGCUACAACCAGCGUCUGAUCGAGGAGAUGAAGAACAAGCAGACGCAGGAGAGAGCCAGACUGCCCAAGAUUCAGCGCAGCGAGAACCAGAUGAGAGACCUGCAGCUGCAGUGUGACGCCAACAUCCGAGAGCUUCAGCAGCUGCAGAAUGAAAAGUGCCACCUGCUGAUCGAACAUGAGACACAGAAGCUGAAGGAAUUAGACGAGGAGCACAGCCUGGAGCUGAAGGAGUGGAGGGAGAAACUCCGACCCAGGAAGAAGGCCCUGGAGGACGAGUUUGCCAGGAAGCUGCAGGAACAGGAAGUGUUCUUCAAGAUGAGCGGAGAGUCCGAGUGCCUUAACCCCUCCACCCAGAGCCGCAUCUCCAAGUUCUACCCGAUCCCCAGCGUCCACUCCACCGGUUUCUAGAAGAAGCCAACGUACACAUGCACGGACACACACACACACACACACGCACACACACACACACACACACUGGCAGUAAAGCCUGUGCUGCCUUGCCUUCGUUCUCGGAAAACUGUUGGAGGGCAUUUCUGUUUCUGGACUUUGUCCCUCAGUAUGCAGCUCAGCUCUCCAAGACCCUCAUUUUGUCACACUAUUAUAGUCAUUUGGAAGGAGAUAUGUUCAGAUUCAAGGUGCCGGUCAAAACCUCAGAACCACUAAAGUGAAGUAGCUCUCUGUCCAACCUUCUGUUUGUGAUUGAAUUGUUUUUCUAAAGAAUCCAGUGCCUGUAGAAUUUGAUGUUUUUGGCUUUUAAAUCCCAGACAUUUCUGAUAAUUAUUUGCUGCUCAGUUGUUCUCUCAUUUAGACUUUUGCACUAAAGAAAGGUUAGCAUUUUUAUACCACUUAAACAUAAUGUUGAUGAUUUUAAUUUGUUUAAAUAUAAAUAGCAACCCUCUCAUUUAGAACUGAUGCUGAAAUAGAAUGUAUUUCUGACAAAGGAGACACGUUUUUCAUAUCACUCUUGUUGAAGGAAUGAUACAGUAUGUUUUAUUAAACCACACGUGUUACGAUUUCGAUGCGUUGAGUUAAAAUAAUCAGUCUCAUUCAUGAUCUCAAAGCAAGCUUUAGGAACAUUUUCCAGCAGAAAUGAUUCCUUCUUUCCGGGUUUUUCUUCAGGUUGCCUUCUGUCUCGAGCACAAGGCUUGAGAUUACGAUUUAGCAACAAGCCGAGGUGGACACUUGUUUGUUUGUUUUUUGAUGUUUGUUUGUGGACGGUAGAGGAGGUGUGGAGACAAAGGAUCACUGUUAAUUGGACACUAAGGAAACCACUGUGGUGGCAGACACAAGCAUUAUGUACCUGUUUGUUGGUCUGCUUUGUGUUUUAGGUAACACCACUUUAUUAUUGUCAUGCUAGAGUUCUGUAUCUAUAGUAUUCAGGGAUGAAUAAAGAAUGCAAUGUUUCAAUGAUGUCCAAUUCAAACUGCAAACAGCUCUUAGUUCAGCUAACAAAACUCACCUAACCUGCAGUCACAGAUGA